CGUCAGACUGAGCUUGAGCAGAAACCAGCAGCGCUUUUCUUGUUAUUGCUCUUCUGUGAUGGAAACGGUCUCAAAAGGAAUGGCAUCUGCAAGGCUGCUGGCAGAAAAGAGGAAUCUAACCCUUACCCCCGGCACUACAAGCACCACGUCAAAGACAACACAUUCAUCUGAACCUCAGCUCUAAGAGGACAGGGGAUGGCAGGAGGUGUGAGGAGGAACACAGGGAUGGGAAAUAGAUUAGGGUCAUAUGUGAGGCUGUUGGCAGUAUGUGUGGUACUGGGAGCUGAUCUGAGCUGGCUGGGCCUGAAACACCAAGUUGGGGUCAGCGCCCAGAACAACGAGCGAAGGGUGUUGGCACAUAUCCCUGGUGACAUCAUCAUAGGAGCUCUGUUUUCUGUCCACCACCAACCACCUGCAGACAAGGUCCAUGAGCGAAAGUGUGGUGCUGUGCGCGAGCAGUACGGGAUCCAGAGAGUAGAGGCCAUGAUGCACACUCUGGAUCGAAUUAAUGCAGACCCCACCAUCCUCCCGAAUAUCACCCUGGGUUGCGAGAUAAGGGACUCAUGCUGGCAUUCUGCAGUGGCGCUGGAGCAGAGUAUCGAGUUCAUUCGGGACACACUGGUCUCCAACGAAGAGGAGGAGAGCCAGGGCAGGUGUACUGCAGAGGCAGGGAGCUUGCUGGUGCAGGGGAAGAAGCCCAUUGUGGGACUGAUUGGACCGGGAUCCAGCUCUGUGGCCAUCCAAGUGCAAAAUCUCCUCCAGCUCUUUAACAUCCCACAGAUAGCUUAUUCAGCCACUAGCAUGGAUCUUAGUGACAAGAGUCUGUAUAAAUAUUUCAUGAGGGUAGUGCCAUCAGAUAUGCAACAGGCCAGAGCCAUGGUGGAUAUUGUGAAGAGAUACAGCUGGAGCUACGUGUCCGCAAUACACACAGAGGGCAAUUAUGGUGAGAGUGGUAUGGAGGCAUUUAAAGACAUGGCAGCAAAGGAGGGGAUCUGCAUCGCCCACUCCGAUAAAAUAUACAGCAACGCAGGGGAACAAAACUUUGAUAAAUUAUUGCAGAAGCUAAGAGGCCACCUGCCCAAGGCCAGGGUGGUGGCCUGCUUUUGUGAGGGCAUGACGGUCCGAGGCAUACUGAUGGCCAUGAGACGACUGCGUUUGGUGGGAGAGUUUCUGCUGGUUGGAAGUGAUGGCUGGGCAGACAGGUAUGAUGUGACCGAUGGCUAUGAAAAGGAGGCAGCUGGAGGAAUCACUAUAAAGCUAAAGUCAGCGUAUGUGACCUGGUUCGACGAUUAUUACCUGAACCUGAAGCCUGAUGCAAACCUGAGGAACCCCUGGUUCCCUGAGUUCUGGCAGCAUCGCUUCCAGUGCAGGUUGAGGGGUCAUCCGCAGGAGAGCAGCAUGUACAACCGCACCUGCACCUGGAGAGAGUCUCUGCGCCAUCAGUAUGCCCAAGACACCAAGAUGGGCUUUGUCAUAAAUGCCAUCUAUUCAAUGGCUUAUGGCCUGCAUGCCAUGCAGGAAGCCCUCUGUCCAGGAUAUAAGGGUCUUUGUGAGAACAUGCGGCCCAUUGAUGGCCGCAAGCUGCUGGAAUUCCUGAUGAAAACCAACUUUACUGGUGUAUCAGGGGAGAUAAUCCUCUUUGACCAGAAUGGAGACUCACCUGGCAGGUAUGAAAUCAUGAACUUCAAGCGCAUAGGGGAAGAUGAGUAUGCUUACAGCCAUGUAGGAAGCUGGGAUCAGGGUGGCCUAAAGAUGAACGAUGAGGAAAUCUGGAGUAACAACAGUGACGUCAUCCAGUCAGUCUGCUCUGAGCCCUGCCAGAAGGCACAGAUUAAGGUUAUCCGUAAAGGAGAGGUGAGCUGCUGUUGGACUUGCACUCCCUGCAAGGACAAUGAGUUUGUGUUUGAUGAGUACACUUGUCGAGCCUGUGUCCUUGGCUCCUGGCCCACAGAUGACCUCACUGGUUGUGAGCGAAUCCCGGUGCAGUAUGUGCGUUGGGGGGAUCCAGAGCCCAUCGCUGCAGUGGUGUUCGCCUGCCUGGGCCUCAUGGCUACACUUUUUGUUACUUCUGUCUUUAUCAAAUUUUGGGACACCCCUGUGGUCAAAUCAUCAAGUCGCGAACUCUGCUACAUCAUCCUGGCUGGAAUAUGUCUGGGCUACCUGUGCACCUUCAGCCUUAUCGCCAAGCCCCACAUAGUCUACUGCUACCUCCAGCGGCUGGGCAUCGGCCUGUCCCCUGCCAUGAGCUACUCUGCCCUGGUCACCAAGACCAACCGUAUAGCACGGAUCUUGGCAGGCAGCAAGAAGAAGAUCUGCACCAAGAAACCGCGCUUUAUGUCCGCCUGCGCACAAUUGGUCAUCGCCUUCCUACUCAUACUGCUGCAGCUGGGGAUUAUUGUGGCACUUCUUAUCAUAGAGCCACCACAGGUGAUCUAUGACUACCCCAGUAUCCGUGAGGUACACUUGAUCUGCAAUCUGACCACUCUGGGGGUGGUGGCACCUCUGGGUUACAAUGGCCUGCUCAUUCUCAGUUGCACCUUCUACGCCUUCAAGACUCGUAAUGUUCCAGCAAAUUUUAAUGAGGCCAAGUAUAUUGCCUUUACCAUGUACACAACCUGUAUCAUCUGGCUGGCCUUUGUUCCUAUUUACUUUGGCUCCAACUACAAGAUCAUUACCAUGUGCUUUAGUGUCAGCCUCAGUGCCACAGUGGCUCUCUGCUGCAUGUUUGUCCCAAAGGUGUACAUCAUGCUUGCCAAGCCUGAGAAAAAUGUCCGGAGUGCUUUCACAACAUCCACAGUGGUGCGCAUGCAUGUGGGUGAUGCCAAGAAAGCUGCCAAGUCUGGCAAAUCCUCCAGCAGCAUGGCCAACUUCUUCCGACGUCGCGGGUCUGCGCAGGACAACAUCAGUUCCAAUGGGAAAUCAGUGACAUGGGCACAGAAUGAGCGCAGCUACAGACCAAACCUGUGGAAGAGGAUGUCAUUCCACGUCAAAAAAAAGGAAGCAGUCGAGGUGAACCAGACAGCCAUCAUUAAGCCCUUCUCCAAAGAGGGAGAUGUACCGACAGACACUGCUGUCAAAGAGCAGUAUGAAGAGCCACAGCUGUCUGAGCCCUUCACCUGCUCUCCGUCUCAGUCACCUCUGCCCGCCAUCGGCGAGCAUGCAGCAAAGGCAAGGGGUUUACAGGGAGGAGAGAAAGGAGAAGAGGCACAAGCUUUACCCACCUACGUACCUGAGCACCCUGCUGGGGUCAGAAGAAGAGGUGGGGACAACAGCCAGGGUGUUGGUAUUGUGGAUGGUGGGGACAUUAGCGUCAUCGGUGUGGGUGACAUUGGCAUAGGGAUGAUUGGCAGCCAACCUCAGGGCACCACUAUCAUGGACCAAAUCAGUUGUGUGGUUAACCGUUUCACUGCCAACAUCAGUGAGCUGAACACCAUGAUGCUGCCAGGGGGAGUCACUGUCAGUCCCACCUCCACUACUCCUUUACCCGCGGCCACAGAAGCCACCCCCUGCCCACCACAGUACCUCCCGACCAGGAGCAGACAGGCCCCUUCCACUGUCACCACAUACGCUGAGGUGGCGGCCGUCUCCAAUUUCUGCGAGAAUCGGCCAGCAGGUAAGAUUUAUGAGCACCUGGCUGGGACUUGUGUGGGUAGCAGGCGAGCCAAGGAUAUGGAGGAGCUGGUGGCUUUGACGCCUCCCUCCCCGUUUAGAGACUCAUCUCUGAGCUCCGACGGCAGCUCACCCCCCUCCAUGUCCCCAGCCUCUGAGGCUGAAUAUGACCAGCUGCUGCUGAAACACUACAGCCAGAGCUCCUCCUCUCUCUAAACCUGCUCUCCGUACUCCUUUUUCCACCCUGCUUAUCCCUCUAUUUGGAGUAUUUCAAACACCAAAAGACAAAACUUCAGACUGGACCAAACUCUUGGAUGCCUUUCUACAUGUGGAUAUUCUGAAUGUUUAAGCUGUUUUUUUUUUCACAUUGGAUUGAAUGCACCCACACAUGCCACCAUUGAGCGGACUCAGAAAAAAAAUACCAGUGGCAAGACUGAAAAUUCUAAAUGUUGAAAUUAAGCUGAACAAUGUCAGUGCUUCAUCUUUUGUCUCCAAGAGAGUUUGAGAAACCUUGACAAACUGAAAUAUGGGCAUUUUACAAAUGACACAGCUUUCUAUCUCAGUUUUAAACAAAUUCCAAAGAAAUGCUGAUAAGCUGAGAAAACAAACUGUAAAAUUGCCAAUUACAUUUGUAUUGAAUUAUAAAAUGGCUAUCAAUCAUAAGUAAGGGAAAUGUACCAAAUAUUUAUGUUUAGUGUUUCUUUGGAUUAUGCCAAAAAUGACUCAUAUAUUGAAUCUCAAAAUGGCAUUUUUUUAAGUAAGGUAUUAGAACACUAAAGGUAGUUGUAUUCAUUUUUUUGUUUCAAUUUUACAUAAUCUAUUAUCAUAAACACAGAAACCGUGAUUUGUUUUUAUUGCUUAUAUUAUUGCUGUUGGCUUUCUGUAUGUGUUGUUUUUGUUAAUGACAAAUGACUUAUCUUACAUAUUCUGAGACCCAGGCGGAUGCAGAUUGUAUUAGCAAAGCAGAAGAAAGUAUCUCAAAUAACUUUGCCUGAAAUCAGAAAGUCAGACCUCUAAUUUGUUGUCCAUCCUGGAAGCAAAGGUUUUGUAUCACAGUGCUAAAGGGGAAAGUGUACAGAUUCUGCAUUACGCAAAUCAGGAGGCAGGUUUUUCUGUGUGGAAAGUUCUCAAUGACCUUACCUUUUCUUGGAAUGAGAACAUUUACUGAGAAUGAAACCAUCCUGAGAGGGGAGGAGCUCUUUACGUCUCAAGGGAAAGUAAGAUAUUGUCUCAAUGGACACAACGUCAUCAGGUGUCUAACCCACAAAGAGCUUAUGGACUGCUUGGAUGUCUUCUUUAAUUAUUUUUUCUAAACGUGACUUAGUUGAAUGUAAGAUAAGUUCUCAUUUGAAGUGGACCAAAAUGAUCUUCCACCUCAGGAUGUGUCUGAACCAAACUACUUUCUGACUUCAACUCCUACCUGCCGAACGAGCGCCGUCAUCUGUUGGCUCAAAAUGUUUCCAGUUUGCAUGAUGUCAAGAUCUGUUUGCAAUCUUUAAGUUAUAUUUGUAACAAGAUACUUUUUGAUAUUGUACAUGUCAAACCAAUUAAGAUUAAUAGAUACAGUAGCAAAGUAAUGAUACUUUUAGUGAUGUUGAUGUGUUUUUAGGAUUAGUUUAAGGAGGAGAAAAGUGAAUGUGUGUUUUCAGACAUCUAUUGCGAAACAGUGUGUUUCCAGCCUGGCUUUUUACCUACAUAUGUGCCAAUGUCUGACUGCUAAAAUACAUUGUGUGUCUUUAAAUGGGCUCACAUUGAGAAUGACACUGUGAGCCCAUUUAGAUUCUCAUCUUUCAGGCAUUAUAAGGAGUUAUUUUUUAUAAUAUUUUAUGACAUUCUGACUAUGUUCUUUCUUAUGCUUGAAUAUAUUCAAUGAAUAUUCUUUUUUUUUAUUCUUUUGUUUUGUAUCGACAUUUUGGUCUCUCUGAGAAUGUAGAUUUAUGAUAGUAAGGAUUUAAAAGCUAGCCGAUGUAACUAAUGAUGUUCAUGUGGGAGCUAGCUUGUGUAUUUCUCUAUGUUUACACAGGCGGGAAUGUGUUUUUUGAAAUGUGCAGUAUUUUUACCCGUUUUCAAUGUAAAAUCAUAGACAAUUGCCAUAUUUGCAUGCAGGUUUGUGCCAACUGAGAUUUGCGGAUGCAUUCCAGUCUUCAAGCCAAUAAUUCAUAUAAUCUACAGAAGACUUUUGUCUUGGUUUUAUCUUUUUAUCUGCCUUUCAGAUUGCCAGAAUUUACUAUUUAAACUUGUGCUGCAUCAGAAUUUUCGAUCCAAAAUUUUAAUUUUAUUUAAUUUAUUUAUUUUUUACAAUAAUUUGUUAUUCAUUGUAAAUGCUCCUUAUUUACAUUGUAGGAAAACCUCAAUCACCUUAUAGAAAUUCUUCAAUAAUAUGAUAAUACUUCUCAGGAAAACAAAAGGUCUCAAAAUGAAACUAAUAUACCAUUCUUAAUGACCUGCAGCAAAAAUUGCAGAAUUGGUGUUUUUUUAUUUUAUUUGGCUGAUUGAAUUUCAAAAAUGCUAAACAAAAUUCAUAUCAUGUUUUAAGGAGUCACGUUUCCUUUAAAUGCCAAAAACUGGAUCAUGUGCAGUGUUAUUUUUACACCUCAAGUUGAUGUUACUUAUGAACCUUUUCUAAAUAAGAAGAUAAUUGUGUCAAAUCACAGUGCGAUAAUUAAUAAACCUAAUGGGAAAUAGGGUUUCUAGGGCACUCUUUAUUAAAUAACAUGUGAUGUAAUUUCCUAUUCUGUGAAGUGUAGACCAAAGUGAAAUUAAUAUUCACACGAUGGUGGGCAAAGUUUAUUCAUAGUUAGAGCGUAAUAGGUUUAAUGAGCCCAGGGAGAGAGCAAGACCUCAAUGGACCAACUCAUUGUUUAUCCUGGAAAUCUGAUGCCGAUAUAUGCUGUUACAUAGUCUACCCUCACUGAUAUAAAUGUACACUGAACAUUAUAACUUUCAUGAAGAUAUGGAUUUAUUACGGAACCUAAUAAAGUGUCGAUUAAGUGUAUACCGAGCACUACAGAUCGUAGUCGGUAUACAGACACACUUCAUGCUGGGAGGUUACGCUCCUGGAACUGGAUGCAUUAUUAUUUCUCUCACUCCUACAGACCACUUUAGAGUCACAUGAUUAAAAACUCAGGCUUGA